AUGGUGUGCGCGGCGAACAUGAACCGAUCGAUGGAGGCGCACCGCGUCCUCCUCGAGCGCGGCCUCGACGUCAAGUCCUACGGCGCGGGGAACCACGUCAAGCUCCCGGGGGCGUCGCGCGACAACCCGAACGUUUUCAGCUUCGGCGUGGAGUCGUACCAGCAGAUCUACGACGCGCUCAUGGAGCAAGGCGCGAACGGGCUCAAGGAUAUGCUCGAGCGAAACAUGAAGAUCAAGCCGCGGCCGCAGCGGUGGCAGGACGAGCCGAUAGAGGUGGACGUCGUGAUCUGCUUCGAAGAGCGCGUGUUCGAUAACGUCGUGGAGGACGUUCGGGGGCGGGGCGGCGGCGGCGGUGAGCCGCUCCUCGUGAUCAACUUGGACGUCGUGGACUCGCACGAGGAGGCGCUCAAGGCGGGGCCGCGCGCGUUGAAGCUGUGCGCGCUCAUCGACGAGAGCGAAGACUGGGAGUGCGAGUGCGACGAGAUCAUGGAUACGUUCCAAGCGGAGGAAGGACGACGGCCGAUAUACUCGAUAUGCUACCACUGA